GACGUCGGCAAGCAGGAAGAAGGCGAAUUUCUUCCGCACUUUCGCCGACGUAACUGAACUCCUAACGCCAACUUGAUCCAAAAGUUAGCGAGCCUCAAAUUGAAACAUUAUGGAAGCCAACCGUCACGAACCAACUUCGGCGUCCGGCGAGAGUAAUGGUCCCGACAGGAGUCUGUCCCCGCUACGCCUGGUGGUCAUGGGCUGGCGCUGGCCCGGCAAGAGCUUGACGGCCAACACCAUCCUGGGCCGCGAGGAGUUCCACCUGGAGCGCGCCGCUGAGUUUUGCGUGACGCGGCACACUGAGGUGCAAGGGCGCGCGGUCACAGUGGUAGACACGCCCGGCUGGUACUCCUCACAGGACACGCCGCUUUCCUACAAGAAGGAGAUCGCCCGUGGCGCCACCCUGUGCCCGCCGGGCCCUCACGCCUUCCUGCUGGUCAUCCCCGUGGGCAUGUUCACCGAGCUGGACCGCACCCGCAUCGAGGAGCACGUGGACCUGUUCGGGGAGCAAGUGUGGCGGCACAUCCUGGUGGUGUUCACCUGGGCCGACGUGCUGCGGACCAUUUCGCUGGAGCGCUACAUCCGUCGCGAGGGCGCCGAGCUGCAGCGCGUGCUGGAAAAGUGCAGACGCCGCUACAUGGUCAUCAACAACUGCGUGUUCGAGGAGCAGACGCAGGUGGGACGCUUGAUGGCGCGCGUGGACAAGAUAGUCGCCGAGGAAGGCGGUCACUACCUGCCCGAGGAGGACCACCGGGCGCUGGACGAGAACCGGAACCCGACCGGGGACGCCGGGCCCAAAGCCGACGUCGCCGUGACUUUAGACAAAGACGCGACGACGCUCUCUGCCGAGUGACGCGUUCUCGACGCUUUAGGUACGCCCGCGCAAUCGCCGACGCUCGAGCUGGGUUUUUGCUCAUUUGACCUUCUCUGAGAUUAUUCCAAACACUCAAAAGUGUUUCUGAUAUUUGGAGCCUCACAGGUAACCACCAUAUAAAAAGUACUUUUGAUGUAGCAAUAUUACUAACACUAUAACCAUACUGUAGAUACUAUUGGCUGUAUUUUGGGGGAAAAACAAUCUUCAAAAUAAAAACAGAUUUUUUAAACUCAAAAAUAGGGUUUUAUUUUUGUAAUACUGACUUUUUUAAAUCUAAAAAGACUACAAGAUGUUACUUUAAAUGUUUUUUCCCUUCAAAAAUUUGAUUUAUCCUCAUAAUACAUAAAUACAGUGAACCGAGAUUUUUUUUUUCCCCCAAGACGUUUUUUUUUGGUUGUCAAAAAACGUAGCAUUUUUUGGGGGGUGGGGGUCAAAACUUUCAAAGCAGUGAUCACUAAUUCCCCCACUAGAUGGCGCAACGACUUGUGCUUUGUCCUGGUUACGUGUGAGGACAAUUCCACAAGAUGGGGAGGAUUGUGCAAGUGUACCUACUCAAGUGUCCCAAAGAUAUGGUCAGUGAGUGCCUUUCCAGCUUUAGCCCCGCACAAAAUUCACCCUCCAAAGGACUAAGAAGCGGUAGAAAACCAAAACAUUGGUAGAAUAUCAACUGUUGCGGGUUCACUUUUGCACUGUGUUGAUGUUGCUGCCGUUUUUCUCAAGAAUUGACAAGAGAAUGUUGUACAGACUGACAGCUGUAAGUCAACUCUGACCUUAAGUGUGACUUCACUUUAUUUAUUGCUAGAGUACACAUUUAAUGCAUGGUUAAAAAAAAAAAAAAAAGUGUUCCUAUAAAAAUAUGCCUUUUUGCCUGUAAUAUUUCUCUUUUCUUCCCCACUGAAAAAUAGAAUUUUUAAUUGUAAAAUCACAUUCUAUUGAUCAAGAUUACUAUUGUUUUGCUCAGAAAAAAAUGAAUAUAUUUUUUCGGAAGGUAAUUUUGUUUUUCCUUGGAAUUUUGUUUUUUCUCUUGGAAGAUUACUUUUUUCCCCCAACACUACCGCUACACAAUUAGUGCUUUAUUUGUCAUAAGAAAACUUUUUGGUGAAAGAUUACUACUUUUUUCCUGUGAUGUGGGGACGUAAUUAUUUGAGGUUAAAACAAAUAGUCUGUUACACGAUGUCCCCUCCAGUAAAUAGAAUUAUUAAAUUGGUUUUAAAAAUAUUUGUGUACCGUUUUACACAGUGAAAGUGUAUUUGUACAAAAAUGUGUAUUUUUCCAAUUCAAAUUCUUUGUAACAAACAGAGUGACGACUGACUGGCCUCCACCGCCAAGUAGUGACUCUAUUCUGUCUCAAGACACGACAAGACUUUACAAUCGAUUGAAUGAUCUGUAAGCCUGUCCAGACUAUUUAAUACCCUGCUGUUGUGUUUUGUACAAUGACUGGAGUGACAAUGUCCAAUUUAGUGACCAAAUUGUUAUUUUUCUACACUUAAUAAAGCACUCCGAGCCCUUAA